CCCUCCCACCGUAGUCUGACGGGGAUUAAUGUCCCCGCCCAACAUGAAAAUUCUGCGAAGGCCAAAACGAAAGGUGCUAUGAGAGUCAAAACGCGUCUCGCAGCCCGGGAAGGUCCUCAACCUGGUCCUCAACACUCAACACGCGUCCUCGAGGAACACAAGGCCCCAAAUCCGACCAGUCGGUUUCCACGGACGUAGCCCCGCCACAAGGAGGGGACCAUACCCGUGUGGUUCUCGUGCGAAAACAACAUAAGCCUAACGAGUCGCCGGGGGAGUCCAUGUGGGGGGGUCCGUCGGGUUUCUCACCAUGGUCCGCCUGCUUUCGGCGUCAAUGGAGGCGAGGGAGAAGGUGGAUGUUCAGCCCUUGCCACAGGCGCUGUGGAGAGGGGAGCCGAAGUGGCAGGUUCUGGGCGUUUUGGUGCUUUCGUGGGGAGCGGCUGGGCUGGCGGCCGGGGAUGGCGAGUGUGUCAGCACCGCGAUAUGGGGCGGAAGUGCAGAUUAUCCCUUGAACACCAACAUGCGCCCCCCGUUUGCACGCUUCGGGAGUGAACGUGCGGCAGCAAACUCGACGGCGGUCGUUAUUGAUGAGACGGGUUCACUAAUAACUUCAUUGCUGAGGAAAGGAAGACACAAGCGCAUAGCAUACAAGCAACACAAUCACCAUCAUGGCAAACACUCUCGCAUUGUGGGAGGCAAAAAUCAACCCGGACUCAAGAUGACAGAGUCAGCAUCACCAGGCUGUUUUGAAUUGUGCAAGGCCAUCCACACCAUCGUCGAUAACUCUCUAACAAAGAGGAUUAUCAUAGCAUCGGCAACUAUUGCGCAAGGAAAUGGGGCAUCAGGAGGUCCACUUUCCACAACUUGGUCACUCGCGGAAAGGUGAUCAAGAGCCUCAGGAAAUUCGGGGUACCGAACACAGAGCUGCCCUCGCA